AUGCAUCGAACCUACUCUAUGCGCGCCUCCAGGGCGCCAACCGCCUCCCAGAUCCAGAACCCCCCUCCACCGCCAUCAUCCACAAAGUCGGGACGUCUCUUUGGUCGCGGCGGAAUUGGAGGGCUAGGCCAUGCUCUACGACGCAACGCCGCCGGCGCCUUUGGGCCCGAUCUCGCCAAGAAGCUCUCCCAGCUGGUCAAGAUGGAGAAGAACGUGAUGCGCAGUCUGGAAAUGGUGGCCAAGGAGCGCAUGGAGGUCGCCCAACAGUUGUCGCUCUGGGGCGAGGCCUGCGAUGAGGACGUGUCCGAUGUCACAGACAAGCUGGGCGUGUUGCUCUACGAAAUCGGCGAACUCGAGGAUCAGUACGUCGAUCGCUACGACCAGUACCGCGUCACCAUGAAGAGUAUUAGGAAUAUCGAGGCGUCGGUGCAACCCAGCAGAGACAGUAGGUCCACUCUACUACUCCUACUGUCCCAACUCUUGUCGCUCUUCACCACUAACACCCCACGAGGAAAGCAAAAAAUUACCGACCAAAUCGCCCAGCUCAAGUACAAAGAGCCCAACUCCCCGCGCAUCGUCGUUCUCGAACAGGAACUCGUCCGCGCCGAAGCCGAGUCGCUCGUCGCCGAAGCCCAGCUCUCCAACAUAACGCGUGAGAAGAUCAAGGCCGCCUACACCUACCAAUUCGACGCCCUGCGCGAGCACUGCGAAAAAGUCGCCAUCAUUGCCGGCUACGGCAAGCACCUCUUGGAACUCAUCGACGACACCCCCGUCACCCCAGGCGAAACCCGCCCCGCUUACGACGGCUACGAAGCCUCCAAGGCCAUCAUCCAGGACUGCGAGGACUCCCUUACCAACUGGGUCACGCAAAACGCGGCCGUCUCAGCGAAGCUUUCCACUCGCUCGAGGACGCUAAGCCAGCGCAGGAGGAACAACAUCAAGGCCAGGACGGAAGGCGGCGCAGGACAGGGACAUGACUUGUCGGGUCAGGACGCCCCGCUUAACGAUCGUGACUCGUGGGUGCCGGCGAAUCAGCACAAGGAGGUGGCGGACUAUGAGGUGUCGGAGGAAGAGGAGGACGACGAUGAGGAUGAGGAAGAUGAUAUUCAUGCAUCGGGCAGCCACUCCAUGCUGGACGGCGAGAGCGAACAGCAUCAGCGCGGGAGGAACACUGAGCCUGUUGCUGCCUAA